AUCUAUCCAAAUUCGAAUUCCAUGAUGUCGUCUCUCCCUGAGACUUAUCAAGCGUUCCGCCGAACAGAAGGCACUGCACCCUUGACAAUCGAGCAGGUCACAGAAAAGCUUCCGCCCAUUGAGUCGCACGAUGUCCUAGUUCGCAUCCAUGCAGUCUCGCUCAACUACCGCGACAUCGCCAUGCUGGAUAACACUUAUCCGCAACCUUGCCUUCCCCGCGGAAUUCCCGCCUCGGAUUGUGCCGCCGAGGUUGUAUCCGUCGGAUCUGCUGUCAGUGGCUUCAAGCCAGGCGACCGUGUUACCGCAAUCUGGGACCUGACCAACGUGACCGGAACCGAGGAGCGGGCCCCAGAGGCUCUUGGUGGGGAUGUUGAUGGUGUAUUGCGACAGUAUGCCGUGUUCAAUGAACAGGUGCUUGUGCACUUGCCUGAGCACCUGUCCUGGGAAGAGGCAUCUUGCAUCACUUGUGCCGGAACCACGGCUUGGAACGCUCUUGAAUUCCCUAGAAACAGUGGCACAGCUCUGCUCCAAGGCACCGGUGGUGUGAGCAUGUUCGCGCUUCUGCUCUGUAUUGCAGCGGGCUUGCAGUCCAUCAUCACCUCAUCUUCCAAUGAGAAACUUGAUCAGGCUCGGUCGUUGGGCCCCAACAUCAAGACCAUCAAUUACAAGAAGGUGGACAAGUGGGAAGACGAAGUGCUCCGUCUUACCAACGGUCGCGGUGCUGAUGUCGCUAUUGAGAACGUGGGCCCUGCCACCGUGCGGCAGAGUCUUGCCUCUCUUGCCCAGCGGGGUACCUUAUCCUUGGUGGGAUUCCUUGGAGGACUCGAGGCGAAAGAAUUCCCCGAUCUGUAUCUCCCUGUCAUGGUCAAGCGAGUGACUAUGAGGGGUAUCGUUGUGGGUUCCAAGCUCGAUCAACAGGCUUUGUGUGACUUUUUGACGGAAAAGAAGGUAUCCCUCAAGCCUUUGAUUGACGCUGUCUUUCCAUUUGAUCAGUCCAAGGAGGCUUUUGCUCGCCUCAAGUCUGGAAAGCACCAGGGAAAAAUUGUCAUUACCCUCUAG